AUGCUUUACGUCACCUCAUUCCUGCUUGCGGCCCGCGGGCACGCACAGCGGGUGCUGCGCCGCAAGCAGGCCCCGUUCCAUCAGCGCUAUGACCGACUGCCUGGCGACCAGCGCGAACGCGUGGCUGCUAUGUUACGCGACGUGCGAUACGAGAAAUGCUCCGUCGGACGCGAACUAAACGAUGUGCAUCAACAGCUGGCAUCGCUGUUUAACGCCGAUGAGGUUCGGCAGUUGCUGGAUCCGAGCAGUUCGCCUAGCAAUGCAGCAGCUGAAACAGCCUCGAAUUCUCGCGCUGAUAUUAACGAGGCAUAUCGCAUACAUCGCAUCCUGCGCCCCGAUGCGCCUAAUUUUUUCGAGGAGCAGUCGUUUAUCCACCUCAAGCAGAGGAUGGACAAUUUAAUCCAGGACCAUAAGUCCGAAGACUUCAAGGAGUUAGUACCAACGGACGUCGCUUUGGACGUGGUUUCUCUCCCCGAUCCCCUAUUCUCUGAUGAGAGUUACGCUUUGGCGAUGUCUGCCUUGAUGGAUUCCCUCACCGAAGAUGUCAAGCGUUUUUGCACAUCGCUAGGUUUGGAGGCUAGCGCUGGCGGUUCCUAUAAUCCGUACGAUCGGUUAAUGGACUUUGUGGCGCUUAAGCGCGACGGCAGCAACAUCGACCACUGGUGUACCACAGUUUGGCCCAAACUGAAACCGUUUAUGGCUACGGAAUUCGGCCCCAUAACUGAAGCGGACGUGAAGGCUUGGUUAAAGAGUCAUCUCGAGCGCGUGGCGCACAAUAGGGCCCUAGUAAACCGAACCGAACAUUCCGAAUGGUACGAUAUAAAGAGGGACCUUCCGUAUGACGGCCUACCAUACCCCGACGCACUGCUAGAUGAGCGUCGUAUAGGGUACCCUAUUGACCGCGCUGGGGCAUAUCUAUUCGGAAUGCUGCAGCUUCUUGCCCCGUCGUCGGUCGAGGGCGUCACUAAGGCAUCACUUGACGAUUUCGUCGACUCACUGCGCAAAAUUGGUUUGAAGGAUUGGUUCGGUCUAAAGGGGGUCGAUAUAUCGUCCGUAUUCUUCGGUUCCGACAGUUCGAAUGAACUUUCGGAUGACACCAAAGGGUCGGGUACGCAGGGAAGCUUCCCUCACAAGAAAGUUACGCGUACUACUGCGGAAUCCUCUGUAAGGAUAAUUGGCCUCUUUGCAACUGGGCAUGAACACGUUUUUGAUGCUGAGCACUGGUCACCUGCAUCCGUGUUCAAACGUUUGAGCAUAUCCGGCAGUGAUAUUGUUCACUCCCUGGCUGGUAACCCUGCGACACCUUCAUCAGGAGUCGACUCCAAUUCGCCCAUGCAAACAAAGAGCGUCGUCACAGCGUUGUCAACCAGCGAUAUAGAGAACUUGGUCGGCGACCACAUUAGGCGCAUUAACCGAGUGGCCAGCGGCCAAGUUGUGCGCGAUUAUAACCGCGUGUUCGAUCGCAUGAUAAAGGAAGAACUUGAGUUCCAAGCCGAUGUGGGCGCCGGCACUGUAACCGACAAGGGUAUCGAGUACAAGGUUCCUGCAGGAGCUCAGUUCGAUGCGAAGCGGAACUACUACGUUCGUACACGUGAGGGUGUUGACCCUACACUGAAACUCGAGAAUCUGCGUUCGUGCGUUCUUGAGCGGCGUAGAAUGCGUACGAUGACCAAAGAAGGCCGUGUAUACUUUUUGCGCGUCGUCGUUGCCGUCGGUGAUGGACGCGGUUACUUCGGCACUGGCGUGGGGUUCGGGAACGAUCUUGGUACUGCACGUGCCAGCGCUGUCCAGCAGGCGCUACGUGGAAUGUUCUUCAUCGACUUCGAUCCGAAAGAGCCACUUACAACUCCAGUGUUGGGUCAAGAAUACGGUUGUCGUGUCUACAUAACCCCAAGGAAGAUGGGAGCUGGAAUCAAGACCAAUCGGAAGUACUUACCUCUGGCCUAUUUGGCUGGGCUUGACAACUGCAAGUUGACGUUUCAUGGUCGUUCAUCAUGGAUAACUCGCGCGAAGGCGUUGAGAAAGGCGUUGGAACAGAUAUAUUCCCGUCGCACCAUGUCUAACGCUACUGGCAUGCGUUACGUGUACGUCGGGAGCCCCGGUGACCACACAGUCCACUGGCCUGACAGGUGGUUCAUCCCAAUAGCAAAGGAGUACCAGUCGAAGAUCCAGCAGCUUAAGAAUCUGAAGCGCAUCCACUUCCGGCGCCACGCGCACCGCGUCGUUAUGCCGGAGGAAGUGCCACCUGAGAUUCCGAGCUAUGCUAGGCACAAGUUCAGGUCCCCGUUGGAGAUAGCUGAACAGGAGCGUAAGCACAUGCAAUACAUUUCCACGACUGUGCCCAAGGUAUCUACGCCACCUGGGAAGGCAGCGUUGGAGUCAUCCGCGGAGUAG